UUAGCAAAUUGGGUUGGUAUUUAGAAUAUUUCCAUACAUUCACUCAUAUACCAUAUAAAGUCGCAAUUUGAAAGUUAUACCAACCCAAAAUAAAAUGGUUAUUAUUGCAAACGGAUUUACUAAAAAUGCAUUAAGUACGUUCCCAAACGUUACUAUCUGGAAUUUAGAUACAGGGCUGAAAACAUUAUCGCUUAAAAUUCCCGCUUUUGCUCAAGAUUUAAAAACUAAUAAAAUUAUAAAUUCAAAAUUUUUAUCAUUUGAUGCUGUCGGGCAUGACUAUAUCAUUUCAUCUUGGAGUAACAAAACAUUCUUAAACAUCUAUAAUUUGAAAAAUAAUUAUAAUUUGCAUUGUAAAUUUAAAACUGAUAAUAUAAUUUCAAUUGUUAAAGUGUCCUAUGACAAAUUAUAUUUAGCCUUAGCUACAAAAAAUAUUUUUCAAAUAUGGAAAUUGAAUACAGGCCAAAUGUUAUGUAAUGUGGAUUAUCAUUAUCAAGAUAUAACAUGCAUAGAAUUUACACACGAUUCUUCUUAUGUAAUAACAGGGGGGAUGGAUAACCUAGUCUAUGUUUGGUCUUUAUCAAAAUUAGCAAAACAAGCUCUACCUAUGUCAAUUGGGGAAGUUGAACCAAUAUAUAUAUGGAAUCAACAUUCUUUACCUAUAACUGAUAUAUAUGUAAGUAAAACAGGACUUAAUUGGAAAUCUAGAAUCUACACUAUAUCAUUGGACCACACAUGCAAGGUUUAUGAUUUGGCUUUAAAGGGAACCUUUUUAUGUUCCGUAGAUUUCCCCAGCCCUCUCACCAAACUCGCUUCCGGGUCUUCAGAAACACAAUUAUUCUUCGGUUCACUCGUGGGAGACAUAUAUAGAGUUGAUUUCACUUGCGUGACUUCUAAAGAAGACUUUGCGAAAGAUGGUUUGGUAUAUAAAGGACACAAUUCCAAGAUUAUAGGAUUAGAAACGCUAUCUCAUAAAUUUCAAUUGAUAUCAGCCUGCGAAGCGGGACUCAUCAAAACGUGGAACUUUUUAUCCUUUCAGUGCUUGAAAACAUUAGAUACCAAAAUGACCUUGAUCGGUUUUAAGUUGUUCCUAAUGGAUGACGAGACGACAGAAAAAGGCCUUCAAACUUAUUUGCACCCAUCUUUCGAUAACUCUCGACCCGAUACAAAAGAAUCUGCGAACGGAGAAUUCGACCCUAUCAUAGCCAUACCAGGUCGGAGUUCACCCAUAUGCGGUCUAAAACCCGAGGAUUAUUCUGAAACCGACAUCAUCGGCGGGUUUGAAUUCGAUCACUUGACUGACAACGCGAACGCCUUGGCUCGCGAAAUCGAGGAACUCAAGCGGAAAAACGCUAAGCUUUACCAAAUGGCUAUGGUAGACCUAACACGUGAUUUAUGAUUAUUGUCGAUUUUUUCUCAUUCAUUAUUUUUGAAUCAUCGCGUAAAAUAUUUUUUUUUACCUGUUAUUUUUAAUAUAUCUAUCCCUGCACAAAUUCCCUAGAUAGGUUAUUCAAACAACUUGCUUAUUAUUUUAAAUAAUUACAUACACCAUCCUUUUAGCUUGUUAUGACUGAUCGAAAUUAUUUUAGUAUUUAAUAUUCUCGGGCGAACGAAUUCAUUAUAUGGAUGUUUUACAUUUUUCGGUUAAAAUGCACUUUUUUGUUGUACCUUAUUUUUUUAAGGAUGUCUAUUAUUUUUAGUUAGGAGAUAUUUUAUCAUUAUUAUUACUUUAUUAAAACCUUAAAUUAGUUAUACUACAUAUUUAAUCACCACCUCAUAAACAAAUUUAUAUUCUAUUUUACACACCAACACCAUUAAGGAAAACCAAAUAUUAUUUUUUGUCCAAAACACCUGAAUAGUAUGUAUAUAAUAAAAUGGUUAAAAAUAUAUUAAAGAUGAUCACAGUCCAAUAUACUUAAGUUCGUUUUUUUACAUACCGAUUAAAGGUCGCAUGGAAAACAGGGACCCGAACCGUUAUGUUACGGUUCAGCAUAUAAAAAAUUAUAAUGGUUACGUUUUGGUUACGGUUCUUAAGAAAAAAUUUACAAAGGUUCGGUUCGGUUCAGCUUAUUAUAAAGGUUCAUUACGGUUAAAAAUAUUUUUUUUAUUGAAGCAACACCAUCGUCUAAUUUAUUUUUAUUAUAAGCAUCUAUGAAUUAUAUAAAAAAAAUAUAUAUAAGAUUUAAAAUAACUCAUUUUUAAAUAUAUUAUAUGUAAUAUAUUUUCUCAUAUAAAUGGAUCAUAUUUGUUUGUUGUGACGAUAACACAAAUUUAACCCCGAAAAGGCCCUUUCAACAGAAACUUGUGUUGCGGGAACCAUCAGUACUAUAAAAGCAAGUUUAUAUUACUCUGGACAUUAAAAUUUUUUUGAUUCCUAAAAUAUAAAAACUGAACCGGUUUAACCUUUUUUUUUAUAAAGGUUCUUUUUACUCCUUCAAAAAAUAAUUUUAUCGGUUACGGUUCUGAUAUUUAUAACGGUUUAUAAUGGUUUAACGGUUCGUUACGGUUCACUCCGGGUCUCUAAUGGAAAAGAUUUUCUGACAUGACCACGCCGACUUUGGAGAAAUAUUCACACUUAAAUAUUUUGUUAGUAGUUAUAAUUUGAUUCGUGUCUUCUUCA